AUGACGACCAUGAACACCUGCAGCCUCCUCCUCGUCACAGUCAUCGUCGCCGCUGUUGUCUGCGCCUUGGCCCCCUCGCCGGCUACCGCCGACCCCUACCUCUGCCCAUGGAGAACGGUGGCUCACCCCGAGGACCCCUUCAUCCAGAACCUCGGCAGCUGGGCGGUGGACCAGCAGCAUACCGUGAUGCACUUCGAAAAGGUGGAGAGCGCCAAGGCGCAGGGCGUCGGCCAGUGCACCAGCAUGACCCGCAACUACGAGCUCAUCAUCGACGCGUCCAUCCGCGGCACCCCCGACGACGGCGACGACUACAAGUACAGGGCGGUGGUGUACGUGAUUAAUUUCACCCAGCCGCAGAAGGUUAUCUCCUUCGGGGCCAUCCCGCCGAGCCACCGGCCGCCGGCGGCCAACUGA